AUGGACAAACUUUCCGGAAUAGCCUCCAAACUCACCGGCAAACACAAGGACGAGUCUGGCGGCAGUGGCGAGUCUGGCGGCAGUGGCGAGUCUGGCGGCAGUGGUAGCAACAACCAAGAGGACCAUCUUGAUAAGGCUCUGGAUUCUGCCGAGAGAAAAUUUGGUGGCGGAAAGAUCGAUCCUGAUAAGAUGCGCGAUACCAACGAGAAGAUCACAGAUACUGCACGCGAGAGAUUCGAGGGUGCUACAGGAAAGAAAGUACCAGAGAAGUUUUCCAAUUAG